AAGGUGGUAGUGACCUUAGUAGGGGGUAUUCGAAACAAAACUAGAGACUCCAAAAAUGGAGGUAUCCGCACCACCCGGUGUUCUAACCUCACCGUCCUCAUUCUCAUCUCCGCCGCUCAAACCCAGACUCCUCACCUUCGCCAAUUCCCGGUGGGCACAUCUCCCACGAAAGCACCACCACCUGAUGCUCCAACACAUGGACUCUCACUCUCACAGAGCCACCACUCCCUCUGCCUCAAACAAUGGCCCCGCUCUCAUAAUUUCCCCUACUGACUCCGGGAAGAGAAUUGGGGAGGUUAAGAGGGAGACCAAGGAGACCAAUGUCUCCGUCAAAAUAAACCUUGACGGCACCGGAAUUGCUGAUUCCAAUACUGGGAUUCCCUUCCUUGAUCAUAUGUUGGAUCAACUUGCUUCGCACGGGUUGUUGGACGUGCAUGUGAGGGCAGCUGGUGACACCCACAUUGAUGAUCAUCACACAAAUGAAGACGUCGCUCUUGCUAUUGGAACGGCUCUGCUUCAAGCACUGGGUGAUAGAAAAGGAAUCAACAGGUUUGGUGACUUCUCUGCUCCUCUUGAUGAAGCAUGGAUUCAUGUCUCUCUGGAUUUAUCUGGCCGACCACAUUUGGGUUAUGAUCUACAGAUACCCACCGAGAGAGUUGGUACCUAUGACACCCAGCUGGUGGAACAUUUUUUCCAGUCUUUGGUGAAUACUUCUGGUAUGACACUUCACAUCCGGCAGCUUGCUGGAAGGAACUCUCACCAUAUUAUUGAGGCAACCUUCAAAGCAUUUGCAAGGGCUCUUCGACAAGCACUAGAAUAUGACCCACGUCGCCUUGGGAGCAUUCCAAGCUCGAAAGGUGUCCUGUCACGUUCUUGAUGCUUCCUGUUCCCACAUAUAAUUAAGGAGAUUUGGAUGGAUUAUUUCUGAUAAGUUUCCAAAUUAGCUUCGGUCAAAGCUCCGCCAUGUUAUGACAAGUCAAGUUUGGACGAGAUCUGCUGGAGUCUUGGUGAUUCCAGAGAUGUCAAGUUAAAAAUAUAGAUUUGAGAGUUGCUAGUGGCUAAUAGGGCUAAAUACUAAUGCAGUGUAGUAUAUGUAACAUUAUAAUUGAGCAAUAAGUUAUUGGCGAUUUGAUGUCACAGAUGGUUUUUGUUCCCUCUUGUAUGAAAAAGUUUCCUUUAGCUA